AUGCCGACCCCGAUUCCCAAACCCAAAGGUCUGCCCAUCCUAGGCAACCUUUUUGAUCUCGAUGGCAACAACCCUUGGGGCUCGUUCAAUAAAUUGUCGACCAAUUAUCGUCCCAUCUUCAAAAUCACCAUCCUUGGUAAAGACAUUGUCUUCGUGACGGGCGCUGCCCUGCUGGAGGAGAUCUGUGACGAGAAGCGCUUCCAAAAAUGUGUGAACGGCCCGAUUGUCGAGAUUCGCGCUGCUGUUCAUGACAGUCUUUUCACCGCGUUCCAUGAUGAGGAGAGUUGGGGGAUUGCGCACCGAAUCAUGGCCCCGCUCGUCUCGCCGGAGGCUGUCGCCAACGUCUUCUCGGGCAUGCAGGAGACGUCCAAGGAUCUGGUCAAGAAAUGGACCGCCAACCCUCGACAGCGCAUCAACGUGACAAACGAUUUGGACCGUGUGAACCAUGCGGCUAAUAUGCUCUGCUUCUUCGACCAACGAGUACAUUGCAUGGAAGGCACGGAACCAUCUCUCAUCAAGGCCAUGGAUAGCGCCACGAGGGAGUCGAUGAAGCGUGUCGCCCGCCCGAAGUUCCUCACCUGGCUCUUCCACCAGAGCAAGUGGGACAACGACAUCAAGACUAUGCGCGAUUACUGCGCCAGCAUCGUCGCGACCCGGCAAGAGAACCCCACCGAUAAAAAGGACAUGCUCUACGCCCUGCUGCACGGCAAGGAUGCCCAGACCGGCAAAUCCCUGACGGAGAGCCAGGUCCUGGAUGAAAUCAUCAACAUCUUCAUCGGCAGCGCCACCGCCCCCAACCUCAUCGCCUUCACCAUGUACUACCUGAUGAAGAACCCAGACGAAAUCACCAAGGCUCGCGAGGAGAUCGACAACGUCGUCGGCGGGCCCUCCGGCGAGCUCCAACACGAACACCUCGCCCGCUUGCCCUACUGCGAAGCCAUUCUGCGCGAGUCUUUCCGUCUCUCCGGCGUCGCUCCAGGGUUCAACAUCGAACCCCUCCCCACUGGCGAAGGUCCCGUAUUCCUCGCCGGCGGUGAAUACGAAGUUCCCCGCAAACAACCCCUCAUCGCCAUCCUAUCCGCCGUGAACCGCGACCCCGCCGUCUUCGAGAACCCCGAGGCCUUCAAGCCCGAGCGCAUGUUUGGCGAGAAAUACGAGCGGCUGCCGGCAGGCGUGAAGAAAGGUUUCGGCAACGGCAAGCGCCAGUGCUUCGGCACCCAGUACGCCUGGGAAUGGUCGUUCAUGGCUCUCGUCACCAUCCUGAAGGACGUGGAGUUCGAGUUUGCCGACACCGAGUAUACCAUGGCGAACGGCGGCAUCAACUACAACGGGGCGUUCAGUGUGAGGCCGCAGGAAUUCUUCGCCGUGACGGGACCAAGGGCUGGCUAG